UGAUUGACAUUUUUUUUGUUUGAUUCUUUCCAAAUCCAAACAGACUAAGGUAUACAAUUUUAUUGUCUCACUAUGAACUAGUUCUCUGGUUUAUUUAUUAAUACCGGUACUAUUCCAUUUUGGCAUAUUUACAGCACAACACUAACUUUCUUCCACUUUCCAGAGGUGAAGCACAUUUUUAUAUUUUAUAUGUACAAUAGUAUCAACCAUGCAACAAGUUAGAUGCGGUUGGGUUACUAAUGAUCCAGUCUACAUUCAAUAUCAUGACGAAGAAUGGGGUAAACCAGAAUUCGAUACAGAGAAAUUAUUUGAAAUGUUAUGUUUAGAAGGACAGCAGGCUGGAUUAUCUUGGCUUACUAUUUUGAAAAAACGAAAUAGUUACAGAGAGAUUUUCCAGGGAUUUACCCCCUCUAAAGUAGCCAAUUUUACUGAUGAAGAUGUCAAACGGAUUCUGAUCGAUGCAAGAAUUAUAAGACAUAAAGGAAAAAUUGAAGCCAUAAUACAGAAUGCUAAAGCGUAUUUGGAAAUGGAAAAAAAAGAUGAGAAUUUUUCAGAAUUUAUUUGGGAUUUUGUUAGUAAUAAACCUAUUAUCAAUAACUGGAGUGAUAUUAAAGAAAUACCAACUAAAACUGCCGAAUCAAUAGCACUUCUUUCUACAGCAUUAAAAUCUAGGGGAUUUAAAUUUGUUGGGCCCACGAUUUGCUAUGCAUUUAUGCAAGCUUGUGGUUUAAUAAAUGAUCACACAUUAAACUGUUUUGUAACAAAAAAAAAUCGUGAUAAUUGAGAAUAAUUUAAAAAUUGUGUUUUAGGUUAGGAGGUGGCCGAACUGGCCGAAAAAAAUACUUUUAAAUAAAUUUUAUUACUUUGCUCUAGCAACAUUUGUGUAGUACAUU